AUGUUCGGCAACAAUAACUCAGGCGCCAGCAAAAGCCUUUUCGGGUCUGCUGGUGGCGCUAGCAGUCCCUUUGGCUCCAACACGAAUACUCCAAAUUCCGGGUCCUCUGGUCCUAGUUUGUUCGGAAAUGUAGGAGCUACACCCGCCGGAGGCGCAUCUGCUUCACCCUUUGGAGGAAAUUCCGGAGGAAAUUCUGGCACCCAGCCCUCUCUUUUCGGAAGUGGUACUACAAACAACACCACCGGAAGCUCAUUCGGUUCUAACACCGCGACCUCAGGCGGCACCUUCUCAUUCGGUCAAGCUCAGAAACCCGCCAGUCAACCGUCCACCUUGUCGUUUGGUGGGAACUCGACUCCAGCAAAGACAGAAGCAGCCACACCCAAUGCUACAGCUGGUGGGAACUUGUUUGGUGGAGGCGGUGGUGGUAGCAUGUUCGGAAACUCGACUACGCCCGGUCCCUCGGGAGGAUCUUUGUUUGGCAACAACUCGACCACUCCUGCCGGACCUCCUCCGGCAUCCAAGGCGCCACUGUUCGGAGGCGGAUUGAAUACCGGCUCCUCGACAACCCCGACCUCCACCACACCUUUCUCUACCACUCCAGCUGCGACCCAGCCGCAGACAUCUGGCAGCCUCUUUGGUACUGCGGCCUCUACAUCGGACACUCCCAAGCCGGCGUUUGGGUCUACUCCUACUACCGGCGCCGCCAGCGGUGGUGGCCUAUUCGGCACAAAGCCGGCUGGAACCUCAACUCCGACCACAGCUGCAGACAGCACCCCGAAGCCCAGUAUGUUCGGAAGUACCACCCCAGCUACAGGCGCUGCACCGAGUACACAAGGAUCCUCACUGUUCAAAAUGCCCUCUGCUGGGGGUGACUCGGCCGCAAAGCCUGCAUUCUCUCUUGGUGGUAAUACUACAGCUAGCACAAGCGCACCUGCAUCAUCACUGGGAGCCCCUGCAACUUCGGCUGCUGCCCCCCAAAAGUCGCUCUUCCCUACCCUUGGGGGCACCACAUCUUCUGCUGCCCCAUCAUCCACACCUGCUGCUGCUCCUACUACCGGACUGUUUGCUCCUAAGCCCUCCACAUCGGCCGCCCAAGCGGCUGCGACCACCACAUCUGCACCCGCCACCACUCCUGCUGCCGCGGCUCCUCUUGGGGGUUUGUUCGCUAAUACUGGUGUCACUGCUCUUGGGCAGUCAACCACAGGACCUGCUCCGCCAGCUCAGUCGCGGCUCAAGAACAAGACCAUGGAUGAAAUCAUUACUCGAUGGGCCACAGAUUUGACCAAAUAUCAAAAGGAGUUCCGUGAGCAGGCAGAGAAGGUUGCUGAGUGGGAUCGGAUGCUAGUGGAGAACGGAACCAAGGUGCAGAAGCUGUAUGGCAGCACUGUUGAUGCAGAGCGUGCCACUCAGGAGGUUGAGCGUCAACUGGCCUCCGUGGAAGGCCAGCAAGAUGAGCUUAGCUCGUGGCUCGAUCGUUACGAACGGGAGGUGGAUGAGAUGGUGUCAAAACAAGGAUCCCCCGGCGAGAACAUCUCAGGUCCGGAUCAGGAGCGCGAGAGAACAUACAAACUGGCCGAGAAGCUCUCCGAGCGUCUGGACGAGAUGGGCAAAGAUCUGACCAGCAUGAUCGAAGAGGUGAACGGCGCCUCAGCAAGCCUAUCCAAGACCAACCGAGCAGACGAGCCUAUCUCCCAAAUUGUUCGCAUUCUCAACUCGCAUCUGUCUCAAUUGCAGGUCAUCGACCAAGGUACAUCCGAGCUGCAGGCUAAAGUUGCCGCCGCUCAAAAGGCUGGCCAAUCGAUCUCUUCUCGGCUUGGCUACGGGUAUGCUAGCCCCGGUAUGGGUGGAGGUCAUGCCGCGGAUGAUUUCUACCGCUCGUACAUGGGACGGCGGUAG